GGGAGCAUAGAUUGACAAUGGAUUGCACAGUUACAAUAACUCAGACAAGAAGGAAACCUAAAAAUGUGUUACCGCAAAGGCGGUUCGACAUGAUAUCAGACUCAGACGAUACUCAGGCACAGCUCAGGCACAGCUCAGCUCCUUCCGGGAGCCUGUAUGCAACAAUCCCAGCCGGGCGUCAUCUUCCACACCCUUGGGAUUGUGAGAUACAAUUCAGAAACGAGAACAAGUGGAUACUGAUGGCCUCCUUUCCAGAGAAAAACCGGACAUUCUUCAAUGUAUACCUUGCGGGAUAGUUAUUGUUAAU